UCGACGGAAAAAAAACAAACGAAACACAGCAAUCCAGCACCAGCACACACAAAGCAGUGUUCAGCAGCAGUGGCUUCUUCAUGCCCACCACGCAGGGGACGUCAUGUAAUGGUCAUGCGAUGAGAUCCGCCAGCCAGGCUUGGAUCGACGAGAGCGUGGAUGGAGACGGAGUAUCAGUAGCGUGGCCAGGACAACAACAGCAUCACAUGGAUAGCUGCAGUAGCAGCAGCAGCAGCAGAGCCGCAACCACUGCCGCUGUGGUAUUAUGCCGAGGAAUCGAAGGUGGCUCCAACGAAGUGCUCUACCUAGGACAGGAGGAAGCAAGGGGGAACGUGGUGCUUUUCCCGGGAGACGUUCAAGACCUGCAUCAUCGAAUGAUAUCCGUAGGUCACGAGGAAUUUUCGGACUACUGUGUGGAGAGCACAGCCCGGACGUUGGCACGAAGGUUUCCCGGGCACGCGGUGUGGGUGGUGUUGCCAAAGACCCACGUACACGGCGCCCUGGCGUCCUACGACAACUUCGCUAAAACGGACUGGGCUACGGGUGGCGCUGUCCUCGAGUACCUCCCAGACGGUUCGGCGUGUGAGCAUCUUGAGGCUCUUCUCGGCGCCGCCGCAGACGCGGUGCAUCAAGAGGACGACAGAUGCGGCGUCACCACCUCUCACAGGCCCAACAUUUCCCUCCCCCUCACGCUGGUGGGCUUCAGCAAAGGUGUGGUUGUUCUCAACCAACUUGUUACGGAGCUCGCGUGCUCGCCGCCCCCGGCAGCAGCAGAACCGGCGCUGCCAAAGACGUACAGCAGCACGCGCAGCGACGUAGACGGCGACGGCAUUAAGUUGGCCGGCAACCGCAAGCGAUCCCGCGUCUCCAUGAGCAACGGCCGCCGGUGCAGUAGCAGCUGCGGUGGAGGCAGUGGUGAACGCUUGGCAUGCAACGAGGGGGAUCUGACCAACCCUCCGAGCCCAGCAGACGAUGGUGACAUUGCUACGACGACGGCUUCGGGCAACUGGCCAAUGGGGUGGGAGGGCUUCCGUGACCAAGAGAGGCGGGAGGACGCGGGGGGCGCGAGUAACGGUACUCUUCACGACGGGGUCCAAGACGGAUAUAAACCGCAUCAGGACAAGACCGGUUCGCUGUGGUCCCGGCUGUGGAGCGCGUUCGGCAUGUCGCGCCUCAAGACAAGGACGAUCUCUUCUACCAGCCUGCCGUCGGCGUCGAGCACCGACGAAGCUCCAAAUGAUGACGAUCUCGACAAAGAGAAGGAAAGCAGCAGCAGCAGCAGCAGCAGCAGCAGCAGCAGCAGCAGCAGCUACGGCCCUCCCCCCCGGAGAAUACACACCACCCCGCCGUCGACAGCAGAAGAAGCGUCUCGGGGGGGGGGCUGCUGCGACGGACCGCUCAAGUGGAGAGGUGAAAAACGCCGCCGGAGACGCAACCGGUCUACCAGCAUUUCCGGGUCCACGCCUCCAGGCGAACAAGGAGACAGCCGCGGGGGCAACACCACGUGCGUUGGCGUUGGAACCCUGCGUGGGGGCGACGUCGUUUGCGAACGCAGGCGGGACGAUGACGGCGGCAGUGGUGCGGCGAACCGGCUGUUCGGCCGAGUCGCCGCCGUCCACUGGGUCGACGGGGCUAACGCUGCGGUGGCGGGGGCGUUCCCGACCAACUUGCGCUCCCUGGCGAGGCUCGCCGCGUUCACGAACCUCUCCAUCCGCGUGCACGGGACGCCUUACCAGUGGUCGAGCCAGUACCGCCCCUGGCUCGCUUCCGAGGCGACGGCUUUCUUGGCUUCCGUCGAGGGCUUCCGAAGGGCCCUUCGUGCACGGGAAGAAGGGUCCGCGUUCGCAACCAAGAGCUCGACGACGACCGGCAGGAUGAGCGGAGGGGGAGACGGCGGUGAGGUGGAGGUGUUCUCGACGGACGGUGCCGCCCGCGGGGGAGGUGAUGGUCUCGCCGCCGGGGUGGUGCCGACAGAUUCGGAAGGGUUUGGGGGGGAGGGCUCGAAAGGAGGGGGUAGCCGUGUCGGAGGAGCGGCAUGUGACGUGAAGCGUCUGGUGUAUUUUGAGAACGAGCAGCCGUCCUUGGAGAAUCAUUUCCGAGUGCUGGCGGACCUCAACACGGAGUGAAGAGGCUCGCUUGGUUCUCCUGUAAAUCCUGGCCUGGCUGUUGUCAUAGUUUCGCGGCGAAUGUGGUUGCGCUGAACUCUCGGUUUGACUCUGCUCAUGUUCGUGAUGUUUCUCGUCUUGCCGCCAUUUCCUUGGACGGAUUAGUGCGCAGCACUGUUAGUUGACUAUACGACCUGU